AUGCAUUUCAUCUCCCUCCUCGCCGUCACUUUUGUGGCCGCUAUCCCAGCAGUCAGUGCUUACCCCAUCACCGGCGACACCGUCAACUGCCGUUCUGGUCCCGGAACAAGCCACUCUAUCGUCAAAACCUACAAAAAGGGCGAUGAAAUCUCAGUCACUUGCCAAGCUACCGGCACCGAUGUCAAAGGCGACGAGCUCUGGGACAAGACAACCGACAAUUGCUAUGUAGCCGACUACUACGUCAAAACCGGUAGCUCAAGCUACGUAACCAAGAAAUGCGGUAGCAGUGGCGGCGGCAGCAGCGGCACCGGUACGGGCAAAGCCAUCGUCGCCGCAGCCGAGAAAGAAAAAGGUCUGCCUUACAAAUGGGGCGGCGGUGGCUGCAACGGUCCAACUGGCGGUGGCUUCGACUGCUCUGGAUUGACGCAGUAUGCUCUCUGUCAAGCAUUGGACAAGAAGAUUCCCCGUGUGGCUCAGGAUCAAUAUAACACCAGUAUGGGCAAGCGGUAUCCUCGCUCGGAAGCCAAAGAGGGUGAUUUGCUAUUCUGGGCUACUGGCGGUGAUUGCAAGAAUGGUGUGUCCCAUGUUGGGAUCUUUAUCAAAGAUGGAUUGAUGAUCAAUGCUGCUCAUACUGGAACACCGGUUCGUGAGCAGGCUAUCUGGACUUCUUAUGGUGGGGAGAGUAUCUGUCCUUAUGUUAUGAGAUUCGUCUGA